AUGGCGUGCUGGACAGUGGCUGCCACCACUUGCCGGGUCACCCGUUGCGUGGGCGUGAGUGACGGUGUGAGCUGCCGGCGCCACAAACGCGCGCUCGAGGCGUUGCGGGUGUCUGCGUGGCGGCGUGGUUUGCGGUUGGUGGCUCUUGCUGUGCUCGCGGUGGUGGCAGCAGCCCUCUGCGCUGCGCCGCCUGCAUUGGCUGCCGACAACAAGGACCCCGCAACGAACCCGAUCUACCUACUGAACGCUACGUAUUCCCUCGACCCAUCCACUGAGAAAGAUGCGAAGGCGGUGUGGCUAGGCAUCGAUUCCGCGAUGUACGUGACUAACUACACGACUAGUAACGGGCGGCCGAUCAAGAUCGUGAACCCUGACCCAGCUGUCAGCAAGUCCGACAUCAUUGCCGUCGUGCAGAAGGCGCUCGAAGACCACCCGACGCUUCUUGGCGUGAUUGGACCGUUUUCUGACAUGUUGCUGUCGACUGUCAUGAAAAGUGACGCGUUUAAGGACAAGGACUUGAUGUUCCUGGCUCCUUUCACCGGGUCGAAUGCGGUGCGCACGUGGAACAACAACGUGUACUUCACGCGUGGCGAUCCGUGGACAGAGGUGACGAUCAUAAUGACGCACCUACUGAAGAAGAUUCGCGCGCGGCGCACGGCGUUCAUGUAUCUGACGGGUGCGCUGUUCGGCGACUCCGAGUUAAAGAUGGUGGAGUCGGCUCUGUCCUCCUUCUCGCUCGACCCGCCGGCGGUGUACUCGGUGCCGUACUCGACGAAGAACACUGCUGUGAACAAGAACGCCUUCGACGCGAUGGCGGACACGUACCCGCAGGUGAUCAUAGUCUGGGGAAUGCCUGGUGAGCAGGUUGUGAAGUUCCUGCAGGCUGUGCUGACGGACCCGCGUACGUCGUCGGCGUACAUCAUGACCUGCUUCGCGGUGCAGCGGAUAUUAUUCCAGGUGUACUACGAUCUUGCGAUGGCUGGGAAGCUGACGCCUGUAGACGGGCAGAUCAUGUCGAGCGCCACGUCCAUGCCGAUCCUUCAUACAGAGACUGAGCAUAUUGCUCUGUUUCGGGAGCAGAUGGGGGAGUACAUAAAGGCCGGCCAUGUGGACGCGAGCCUGUGGGCCGACGAGGCGAAGGCGGUGCAGAAGUACGGUCCCCGGGAGCGUGAGGCGCCGCCGUCGGACUCUGAUGCAUACGUGAACAAAUUCUACAAAGAGCACCCAAGCACUGCGCAGCUGAUGCUUGCUGGGUGGCUCUCUGGCUCGCUGAUCGCGCAGACGUUGCAUGCAUCGCUGUGGACCGUGGAUCGAAAGACGUACAAGGCUGGACUCUUUGAUCAGAGCCGGUACGUGAUUGGCGGAGAUAUUGUGAUCGGCGACUACGGUGGCCCGUGCACCGCGAUCGCCAAGUUCCUGGGCGCUGUGUGCUACUGUAACCAGGGUGGACGUGCCUCUGUUCUCGAAGGUGUGUUCAACGCGGCGUGGGUGACCAUACCGCAAGCUGUCUUCAACUACCCGCAGUCUGCCUGCUAUCUGGACAAGAUUGCGCUGUCAAAACCGCUGAAUGUUCUGACGCUGAACUUCUCCGAUCUCCCGAAGCUGAGGAAAGCCGCUGUGGAUAUGGUCAAGGUGAUCCCACUUGCCGUCAGCAAACAGCGCCUGGACUUUUCAGCGUUCAAUCCGGCGAUGCUGAAUGUGACGCGGGAGACAGCGCAGGACGUGCUUGAUUGGGAGUACCUGAACUACUCCGUCGAUGUGGUCACCGGCCCGCUGCUUCGAAGCAUUGACUUGAGUGGACUGCUGGUGAUUUCUCCUGUCUUUAAUCGGCCGAACAUAUUGGUGAAAAAGGAGAACUACCUGUUCCUGAUGCCGACGCUUGAGCAGGAGAUUUACGUUUUGUAUUUGGAGUUGUUAUCUGUGAGGGCCGAGACGUCGAUUGGCGAAACUGUGAACUUUGUGCUUCACGAGUACACAAGCGCGGACGUGAGGGACAUCACUGCCGUGGCGCGGAAGACGGCCGCCACGUUCAACGUUCCGAACCCAAUCGUCAAGGCCGUCUCGUCGGGGACGUCUGUGCGGAGCUCGCUUGCGCCUGAUAUGAUAAACUUUGUGCUUGGGGUCACGGACGAUGAUGUGGACGUGAUCGCCAGCUUCCUGUCAAGGAACCCGCUGGCAAUCGUGGUUAUUUCGUUUGUGGACCUGUCGCAUGAAUACGAGAGACUCACCCGUGCCUUCUCCAAGCACUUCAACGCUGUGCAGGCGCGACUGAUGUCGUUCACUAACCUGCCGCUCUGGAGCGACACGUCGCCGGACUCUCUCGAGGCUUAUCCGUUGUUGAAGCUGUUCAACGCCAUUUUUCCGGAACCCGAGAACCACACGCCGGGCCUGCUGCGCGACCUCUUAUCCAUCGUCUUUAUCCAGGCUGUGGCCUACGGGGAUGGCGGGUUUGCUAAACCGACCUCACUCCACGAGAGCGCCUAUAAAAAGGGCGUCAUCAACGCGUACAGCGUGACCCUGGGCCGCUUUACGUGGAACUGCACAACCACCACUACCGGUCUUGAGUGCUUGUACAGGAACUACGGCGC